CUCAUUUACUGUAAGAUUUCAUUAUUUUUAGCCAUGGUGGAGGGCAGCGAUGGUAGUAUGGAGGAGAAAGUCAUAAAUGAAGAAUAUAAAAUAUGGAAGAAAAAUACGCCAUUUCUCUACGACAUGGUAAUGACUCAUGCCUUAGAAUGGCCCAGUCUCACAGUACAAUGGUUACCCGAUAUACAAAAGGCUGAAAAUGGUGAUUACACUACUCAACGCCUCAUUCUUGGUACACAUACCUCAGAUGAACAAAAUCAUCUUUUAAUUAGCAAAAUCCAAUUGCCUACUGAUGAUGCACAAUUUGAUGCGUCGCGGUACGACACUGAAAAAGGAGAGUUCGGAGGGUUCGGUGCCAUCACUGGAAAGGUUGAAACGGAAAUAAAAAUCAAUCACGACGGAGAAGUGAACCGUGCUCGUUACAUGCCACAGAAUCCUGUUAUAAUCGCCACCAAGUCUCCUAAGGCUGAGGUGUUCGUUUUCGAUUACACGAAACACUCCUCUGUUCCUAAAGAUAAUCAGUGUAAACCCCAACUGCGACUACGAGGACAUACGAAAGAAGGAUAUGGGCUUUCGUGGAAUCCGAACAAACAAGGACAUAUUUUAUCUGCUUCCGAUGACAUGACCGUGUGCCUAUGGGAUGUUCAAGCAAAUGAGAUAAGCGCUGGGUAUCUGGAUGCGAAAAAUAUUUUUAAAGGACACACGCAAGUGGUCGAAGACGUCGCGUGGCACGUUUUGCAUGAAGCAGUGUUCGGUUCUGUUGGUGACGAUCACAAACUCAUGAUUUGGGAUAUUCGAGGUAACCAACCAGCACAUACGGUCGAGGCACAUUCUGCCGAAGUCAACUGUCUGUCGUUCAACCCCUACUCGGAAUUCAUCCUUGCAACUGGAAGCGCUGAUAAGACGGUGGCGCUCUGGGACCUUCGAAAUAUGAAACUAAAGUUGCAUUCAUUCGAGUCACACAAGGACGAAAUCUUCCAAGUGCAAUGGAGUCCGCAUAACGAGACCAUUUUGGCUAGCAGUGGAACUGAUAGGAGGCUCCAUGUAUGGGACUUGUCUAAGAUCGGAGAGGAACAAAAUCCUGAGGAUGCUGAGGAUGGACCGCCGGAAUUGUUGUUUAUUCAUGGAGGUCAUACUGCAAAGAUCAGCGACUUUUCCUGGAAUCCUAAUGAGCCUUGGGUUGUGUGUAGUGUCUCGGAGGAUAAUAUUAUGCAGGUAGGCUAUCCAUGGUUCUAA